GAGCCAUUCAAACAAGUGGCUCCGGCAGCACUUCGGGGCCGGAGCUGGGGAGCGGGCGCAGCGUGGCUCCCUGCCCCGGAGGCGCCGGGCCCUUCACACUGCCUCUUUUCUCUGACGCUUGCUCUUUAUUUGACGAUGAAAUAAUGUUGACAUGUCUUGAAUUAUUAAGUAUUCCCUGGAUUUUAUUAGCACAUGAUGCCUAAAUGCUGCCUGUAUCUGCUGGGGUCUUAACCAGAGAGGAGCGAAGGAGAGAGGCAGAGAGACAGAGCGAGGGAGAGGAGAGAGAGGGGUUUUUGACAGCUGUAUUUGUGCUGAUAAGCGAAGGCACAAGGAGACGAUCGACUAGUGAGACAAGAGGGAAGCGGCGGCUCGGAGCUGCUGAGAGGGGCUGCGCUUCCCUCCCGAGACGGCUCGGCCCUCCCGGUGCCGUGCUGGGGCUUGGGGGGGACCCGAACCCCCUCCCAGCGCCUGGCCGGGCUCUCGGCCGGUGCCUGUGCCAGGGGGCAGCUCGCUGGCUGGGCACACCAGCUGCGCGGGGCAGAUGCCGAUUGAGAUCGUGUGUAAAAUCAAAUUUGCUGAAGAGGAUGAGAAGCAGAAGGAGAAAGAAGAAGGGGACAAGGAGAGCCUGAUCGAGGAGCCUGCCCGGCCCCGCUCCCGGGAUCUGGCCACCUUCGCCAGCACCAGCACGCUGCACGGCUUGGGACACAUCUGCCGGUCGGGACGGCUAGGCGUGCGCCAGACCCUCUGGGCAUUUGCCUUCCUGGCCUCGCUCGCCUUCUUCCUCUACCAGGCGGCCAAGUCAGCGCUGCUCUACCUGGAGCACCCCCACGUCAUGGCCCUGGACGAGGAGGCCAUCCGCGAGAUGGUCUUCCCCGCCAUCACCAUCUGCAACAUCAACCGCUACCGCCACUCGGCACUCACCGACGCCGACAUCUUCCACUUGGCCAACAUGACCGGGCUGCCCCCCAAGGACCGGGAUGGUCACAAGGCCACGGACCUGCUCUACCCUGACCCCGACAUGGCUGACAUUGUCAACCGCACCGGCCACCAGCUCGACGACAUGCUCAAGAGCUGCAACUUCAGUGGCGAGAACUGCUCAUCCCGCGAUUUCACUGUGGUCUACACACGCUAUGGUAAGUGCUACACCUUCAAUGGGGAUCGGAGGAAUCCACGUGUGACCCGCCAAGGUGGCAUGGGCAACGGGCUGGAGAUCAUGCUGGACAUCCAGCAGGAAGAGUACCUGCCCAUCUGGAGAGAGACCAACGAGACAUCAUUUGAAGCUGGUAUCCGGGUCCAGAUCCACAGCCAGGAUGAGCCACCCUAUAUCCAUCAGCUGGGCUUUGGUGUCUCGCCUGGCUUCCAGACCUUUGUGUCGUGCCAGGAGCAGCGGCUCACCUACCUGCCACAGCCAUGGGGGAACUGCCGGGCCAGCAUGCAGGGGGAGCAGCUGCUGCCCGGCUAUGACACCUACAGCAUCGCUGCCUGCCGCCUCCAGUGUGAGAAGGAGGCUGUGGUGCAGAGCUGCCACUGCCGCAUGGUCCAUAUGCCAGGCAAUGAGUCCAUCUGCUCCCCUAAUGUGUACAUCGAGUGUGCUGACCACACACUGGAUGCAGCAGUGGAGGACAGCCAGGAGCGCUGCAGCUGCCCCACACCGUGCAACCUGACACGCUACGGCAAGGAGAUCUCCAUGGUCCGCAUCCCCAACAAGGGCUCAGCGCGCUACCUCGCCCGCAAGUACAACAAGAAUGAGACCUACAUUCGGGAGAACUUCCUGGUGCUGGACAUCUUCUUUGAGGCGCUCAACUAUGAAGCCAUUGAGCAGAAGAAAGCCUAUGACCUUGCUGGGCUUCUCGGUGACAUCGGGGGCCAGAUGGGCCUGUUCAUCGGUGCCAGCAUCCUCACCAUCUUGGAGAUCCUGGACUACAUCUAUGAGGUGAUCCGAGAUAAGGUGAGCCGGGUCCUGCGCCGCUCCAAGCCACCUCUGAAGAAGCCCUCGGGCAGCAUCGCCACACUGGGAUUGGAAGAGAUGAAGGACCAGAGCCCCUGUGAAACACUGGGUCGACACGUGGAGGGCGCCUACAACGCGGGCAUCCUGCCCAACCACCACCACCGCCACCACUACCCUCACCAGGGAGUCUUCGAGGACUUCGCCUGCUAGGCAAGACUGGGAGUGGG